GGCUUUGUCACUUCUGCGGGACUAACUAGCCUCGGGACGCUCUCACUUGCGGAGACACGCUGAGAGCCACCGGAGAGCUGAGGUGAAGUGGGGGGGAGGCGGGAAAGCCACGCGCUGCCAUCCGAACAACAAAGUGAUGUCUACCGUAUCUACAGUGUUUGAGAUUGCACGCCGUAACUGCAUACCACUGAAGGAAUUCUGGGUUUUUGCGCCUUGCUUGGGUUAAGACAAACAGAUGAACAUAAAAUCACCUUCUCCUCCUGCGCUCUCUCUCUCUCUCUCUCUCUCCGUUGGCUCUUCACAGAACGUCACCUGACUAAAGUACACGCAAAUUAGAAACGUAUUGCCUCCUUCCCCAAAAUCGAUUCUAGUCGACAUUUCAGCUGCGGGAGGAGUGGUGUGAGCGAUUCAUCAGCCUAAGACAAAACAAACGCCUAAAAUGUGAUCCGCAUUGAUCGGUGAGAAUCCCUCUAUACUUGCCGCUGCUGCCGCCUCCGUAGAACAAAUAGGACCGAAGACAAACGGGGGAGUGGAUGUCUCUCAAACCAGGGAGAGGAGAGAAAAGAGGAGACUGAAAGCCAGAAGGAGGGUGGAGAGAGAGAGAGAGAGAGAGAGAGAGAGAGAGAGUUUCCAGGGGGCUAGUAGCGGGAGAGCGCGCUGAGGGAUUGGUGCUGUCGCUUCAGCACCACAGCAGGUCUCACCCUCCGCUGAAUGUCACUCGCACCCUCCGUUCCUCCUCUUAUUAGAUUCGACACGGAUCUGGCCACCGGACUCACGUACCAGGAAAGCAGGCGAUAAGGAUUUUAGUUUUCAUCUGCUGCGGAGCGACUAGAGUGGUCGGGAUGAGCACAUUUUGGAUAGUAUUUUUAUUGCCUUAUAUUUUGUAGGGCAGGUACAGACUGUUUUUUGAUAACCAACUCUUGUUGGUCCUUAUUGAAAAGGUAUUUCCAUUGCUUAAUUUUUAGGUUGAAUUCUGAGUUGUUCAGCUAUCCACAGUUUAAACGAGCAGGCUGACUUAUAAAGUGCAUAGCGCAGUUAACUACGUAGCCCACUUGUUUUCACAUCAUUUGUUAAGCGCGCCUAUGUCUGCUCCGGGUCUCUCCGCGCAGCCUCACGCAAGGUUCGCGUUGUAAUGCCUGGAACCUGCUCGAGACAUGCCUAAGCGCCGCGAUGGGCCAGGGCGACGAGAAAGACCGUGUUGUGAUUAACGUGGGAGGGAUCCGACACCAGACCUACCGCAGCACUCUGCGCACUCUCCCGGGCACGCGUUUAGCCUGGCUCGCCGAACCAGACGCGCACAGCCACUUUGACUAUGACGCCCAAAUCGACGAGUUCUUCUUCGACCGCCACCCGGGCGUCUUUGCCCACAUCCUUAACUACUACAGGACUGGCAAACUGCACUGUCCGGCGGAUGUCUGCGGCCCGCUCUACGAGGAGGAGCUGGCUUUCUGGGGGAUUGACGAAACGGACGUUGAGCCGUGCUGCUGGAUGACUUACCGCCAGCACCGGGAGGCCGAGGAAGCACUAGACAGCUUCGGUGGAGUGCCCGCCGAUAUGGGCAACGAGGACGGGGAUGGGGACAUGGCCGAUACGAUGGAAGGGGAGGAUGAAUUGGAGAUGACUAAAAGGCUAGCCCUUGGUGAGUCCCUCGAUGCCAAGUCCGGACUUUGCCAGCGGUGGCAGCGGAGAAUGUGGGCGCUCUUUGAAGACCCUUACUCUUCCAAAUAUGCAAGGGUGAGUUGACGUAAAGUUGUAUGGUGCUGGUGUUUCAUCAUGUGC